AAAUGUGACGAGAAGCCGGAAUUCUUAUUGGUCGCCCAACGAGAACACAUUACGCGAAUCGACUUGGUGGAGAAUAAAAUGGAGACGUUACCUGUGCACGAUCUAAAGAAUGUCAUUGCAAUCGAAUUUGAUAUGAAAAAUAACUGUCUGUACUGGGCAGAUAUUGUAAACGACACAAUCGGACAGUGUCUGAAGGAUGGCGCUAGCUAUCCCGAGAUUCUCGUUGAGACCGAUCUGAGUUCCGUCGAGGGAAUGGCCUUCGAUUGGGUGUCUAAUGUGCUCUAUUUUGUGGACGGUGUUAAGAUGAGGAUACAGAUAAUCCGAACGGAUGUACCUGCUAUGGGCAGAAUGCGCAGGACGAUAUUAGGGCCGAACAAUCUGCAAAAGCCCCGAGGUAUCGCGGUUCCCUAUAUGUUCUGGACCGAUUGGGCACCGGGCAAUGCCUCGGUCUCCCGAGCCAACUUAGACGGCACGGACGUUAAACGAUUGUUCACUAAGCCCAAUGUUGAAUGGCCGAACGGAAUAACGAUCGAUCAUAUCGCCGAACGUAUCUACUGGGUGGACGCUCGAGCGGAUUACAUAGCUUCCUCCGACUUCGAUGGUAAAAGGUUCAAGAAGAUCAUCGCUAACGACGCGCGUGUCUCGCAUCCAUUCGCGGUCGCUGUGUUCAAGGACAACGUGUAUUGGGACGAUUGGAAGCAGUCGAUGAUAUUCAUCGCCAACAAGGAUCACGGGGUCGGAAUCAACACGGUAGUCGGUUUCCAGAUCGCGGGUCUGAUGGAUCUCAAGAUCUUCGCGCACAGCGUGCAGAUCGGCAAGAACGAGUGCGCGAAGAACAACACGUGCUCGCACAUCUGCCUGGGCGCGCCGCACAACAGCUACGUUUGUCUCUGCCUGGACGGUAUGGUGAUGACGGACGGCAAGUGUUUCUGCCCGAACGGUGUCAAGCCGUACACCAACUCGACGUGCCCGCGCGUCGCCAGCACCUGCUCGUCCAACCAGUUUGCCUGCAACAACCACGUGUGCAUCCCCGAAUUCUGGAAGUGCGACGGCGACAACGACUGCGGCGACAACUCAGACGAGGUGCAUUGCAACCGCGCCACGUGCAGCCCGAAUAACUUCGAAUGCGACGAUAACAAAUGCAUACCUAAAUACUGGGUGUGCGAUCUGGAUCGUGACUGCAAGGACGGCAAGGACGAGGUAAAUUGCACGUACACCAAUUGCACCGAGACGCAGUUCAAGUGCCACAACGGCCGCUGUAUAUCUCAUCGUUGGCGCUGCGACGGCGAGGACGACUGCCGCGACGGCUCGGACGAGCAGAAUUGCACCAAGAACGUUCAACCGAAUACGUGUCGCUCCGACGAGAUGGUCUGCAAGGCGGAUCACUCGUGCAUACCGACCUCUUGGAAGUGCGACGGCGAGCCAGACUGCGAGGACGGCGCCGACGAAAAGGACUGCAACAACAUGGUGUGCGAGUCAUGGCAGUUUACAUGCAACAACACUAAGGAGAACGGACAUCGGUGCAUAUAUAAAUCAUGGGCAUGCGACGGUGACAAGGACUGCGUCGACGGCUCCGACGAGAUAAAUUGCACCAUCACCACUAUCGCACCACCGAUAAGCCCGUCUAUAUCGAUGAACUCCUGCAACGACUGGAUGUUCAUGUGCAACAACAAGAAAUGCGUGCCCUACUGGUGGAAGUGCGAUAGUGUGGACGAUUGCGGCGACGAUUCCGACGAGAUAGGCUGCGGCGGCGGCGUGGACGGCGGCCUGGAUUCUACGCCUCCGAUUCACACGACGCAACAGCCGCGCAACUGUCGCGAGCAUCAGUUCCAGUGCUACAACGGCGAUUGCAUUGAGAACGCGUGGGUGUGCGACGGCUCCAACGACUGUCCGUCGGGCGAGGACGAGCAACACUGCGAGCAGACGCACGCGUGUCGCGAGAACGAUCAAUUCAUGUGCCGUCAAGACGGCUCGUGCGUACCGCUCUCGAGCAUCUGCAACGGCAUCGAGGAGUGUCCGGACGGCAGCGACGAGCUUGGUUGCCACACGGAUCACGAGGUGAACCCACCUGCCACGCCGUCCUGCUACGUUGGCCUUUUCCCAUGCGACGAGACCCGCUGCUUCCCGCUGGCGGCCUACUGCGACGGCAAACACGAUUGUCUAGACGGCUUCGACGAGAGUAAUUGCGAGAAGAACGGCUCGCGCGUGUAUCAGGUGCUAGUGAUGGGCGUGGACGAGCGCUCUGUCAAUGAUUCGAGUUUCUUCCUCUUCUGGUGGAUGCCUAUACCGUCGAACGUGACGUUCGAGUUUUCGCCGGUAUAUGUGUAAAACAAUAAAAAUUUUAUCACAUUUGGUGCAUUCGCAAACAUGCGGCGAGAUUGCGAGCUCUCAUCACAUGGGCGGAAAUGCAAAUGAAAAUUUGCACAUGCGAGUGCGCAUGCAAAUGCAGAUGCGAUGCAUACAUACAGAAAUGUCAAUACAAUAUCUAGAAAUAUUCAAAGCAUAUAUAGUCACACAGAGCAUCAAAGUGGCAGAAACAAUAUUUUUCUAUAAUUCUUUGAACGCAUCUGAUAUGCAAUAAAAAAAGUUUGUUCUUUAAUUACUUGUAUGAUGUAUAUAUUGGGUAUAUAUGGAAAAAGUAGGGGAAACCGGGGCGAAGUCGUCACUAUUUUUUCGAUGCCGAUUUUUAACAACAAAACAAAUAUCUUUAGUAAAAUGUGAUAUACCGUUGUAAAGAGUGAACUCUUGGCAAAAUUUAUACGGACACUUUUGGUCUACGUCGCUUUGUUCAACUGGGAUAGAGUAAAACCAACAAAGGUGCAAAAAUUAAAAUGUCAAAAUUGCCGAGGCGGAGUUGUUACUUCAUUCUCGGAUUGAAUUUUAAAUGACAAUUGAUUAUGAAAAAUGAUAGGAUACAUUUUAUUAAUUAUUUUUUAAUAGAAAAAUGGAAACAUUAAUUAAAAACACGAUGGCAAAAACUAAUUAGAAGAAAAGCGCACACACUUAUGUGCCCUACGCUCGCACAUUUCUCGUCAGCUCAAUUCUGUCAUCUCUGAGCACACGCAGCACAUAUUAUCUAAGUCCUCGCCGGAAUUCGACCGCUGCUGCUUUUUUGACUUUGAUUUUCGCCCGAAGCCUCCAUGAUAUGGCUUGGUGACGACUUCGCCCCGGACACAAAUUUCAAGUUUGGUCGCUCAUAAAAUAUUAGAAAUCAAUGAAAAUAAAAAACUUCACUAAAUUCGUGUUCAGCAUGCAUUACUCUUUAGAAUCCAUUUACUUUGAGAUUCGGAGACACAAUAAUAUUUAAGAUAUUACAAAUUUUCGACGCGCAAAAAAUUUUACUUUCGACCUCCGAAAACAUGUUUGCCUCGAUAAAAAUCACAACAUGGCACAUAAUCUCACUAAACUCCGUUGGUCACGUGGGCACCAUAAGCCGUGUUUGCAGUAUUAAUGGCGAGUUCCACACAAUAACAUACAGAUUUCGAGAAUUGUAAUGACGACUCCGCCCCGGUAACGACUUCAUCCCGGUCUCCCCUACUAAAGAAAAAUAUCUUAAACAUUUUAAUAUCAUGCUUUUUUUAAGAGAGAAGACAAAGAAUAAAGUUUUCUAUAAAUAUACAAAUCGUAUAAAGUAAUAGUUACAUUUACACAGAACUUUAUAAU